CCCAGCCACCUCCGGCUUCGGCUCCCCGCGGUCUCCGGGUCCACGCGUCGUCGUCCCGCGCGCCCAUGGCCGGGAAGAUGCUGUCAUUGCUGCCGCCGCUGCUGCUGGCCGCCGCGGGCCUCGCCGGGCUGCUGCUGCUGUGCGUCCCCACCCGCGACGUCCGGGAGCCGCCCGCCCUCAAGUACGGCAUCGUCCUGGAUGCUGGCUCUUCACACACGUCCAUGUUUGUCUACAAGUGGCCGGCAGACAAGGAGAAUGACACGGGCAUCGUGGGCCAGCACAGCUCCUGUGACGUUUCAGGUGGGGGCAUCUCCAGCUAUGCAGACAACCCUCCUGGGGCCGGCCAGAGUCUGGUUGAAUGCCUUGAACAGGCGCUUCGGGAUGUGCCCAAAGAGAGACAUGCGGGCACGCCCCUCUACCUGGGAGCCACAGCGGGCAUGCGCCUGCUCAACCUGACCAACCCAGAGGCCUCGGCCAGUGUGCUCGCGGCGGUGACGCACACGCUGACCCAGUACCCCUUUGACUUCCGUGGUGCCCGCAUCCUCUCUGGCCAGGAUGAGGGCGUGUUCGGCUGGGUGACUGCCAACUACCUGCUGGAGAACUUCAUCAAGUACGGCUGGGUGGGCCGGUGGUUCCGGCCACGGAAGGGGACGCUGGGGGCCAUGGACCUGGGGGGUGCCUCCACCCAGAUCACCUUUGAGACGCCCGGUCCAGCGGAGGACAGAGCCAACGAGGUUCAGCUGCGUCUCUACGGCCAGAACUACCGAGUCUACACCCACAGCUUCCUCUGCUAUGGUCGCGACCAGGUCCUCCAGAGGCUGCUGGCCAGCGCCUCUCCAGGAUCCCCGCAGACCCACGGCUUCCACCCCUGCUGGCCGAGGGGCUUCUCCACCCAAGUGCUGCUCGGGGAUGUGUACCAGUCGCCCUGUACUGCGGCUCAGCGGCCCCGGGCCUUCAACAGCAGUGCCAGGGUCAGCCUGUCAGGGAGCAGUGACCCCCACCUCUGCCGAGAUCUGGUUUCUGGGCUCUUCAGCUUCUCCUCCUGCUCCUUCUCCCGAUGCUCUUUCAAUGGGGUCUUCCAGCCCCCGGUGGCUGGAAACUUUAUCGCGUUCUCUGCCUUCUUCUACACUGUGGACUUCCUGCGGACUUCGAUGGGGCUGCCUGUGGCCACUCUGCAGCAGCUGGAGGCAGCCUCGGUGAAUGUCUGCAACCAGACCUGGGCCCAGCUGCAGGCUCGAGUGCCAGGGCAGCGGGCCCACCUGGCCGACUACUGCGCUGGGGCCACGUUUGUGCAGCAGCUGCUGAGUCGCGGCUACGGCUUCGACGAGCGCACCUUCAGCGGCGUGACCUUCCAGAAGAAGGCCGCGGACACCGCGGUGGGCUGGGCGCUGGGCUACAUGCUGAACCUGACCAACCUGAUCCCCGCCGACCCGCCGGGGCUGCGCAAGGGCACAGACUUCAGCUCGUGGGUCGUCCUCCUGCUGAUCUUCACCUCCGCGCUCCUGGCUUCGCUUGUCCUGCUGCUGCGGCAGGUGCACUCCGCUAAGCUGUCGAGCGCCAUUUAGCGGCCAGUGGGGACAGCUGCCCCAUCUCUCUCCUGUAUCCCCCCCGUACCCCCACCCCUCCAGCCCCUGUA